UCUUAGAAGUAAAUUUAAAAACUCCUAGAGAUGAAUUCCAAAAAGUUCGCGUGCGUCUUGCUACGUGCCUGUGUUCGGCAAUAAGACUUUCGAAUGAGAAAGAAACUCAACAUAUGAACUGGGAGGGGCGCACGCUAUUGUGGAUACCGUUGUAACCGAGUCAAGAGAAGCCGUAAUUUCAAAAUCAGCUGCCGAGUCAAACGUAGGCGAGCGUUCGAGUAACUCAAAGUACGUAAUAAACAUGGAAGUGAGCGGUCGAUUGUCACUACUACUGUUGCUACUUAUGAUAACAUUGUUGAUAGGAGUUAUGGCUACCGAGAAACCAAGUAUUUUAAGGCGACUCCAUUCAAACAUGGUUGAUUUUUGGUCUAAUCUUAGUAAUACCAUCGAUAGCCAUGUUCAUAGGAAACAUCAAGAAAAUGCAAUGCAAAAAGAACGAACUUUUGGACAUAAAAGAAUUCAAUUUAUGAUAAUGCCUAUGAUUUACAAAAUGGGGAUAAUAAUGACAAUGUUAGUUGUUAUAACGGUUAUUUCAUUUAAAGGAUUAAUGAUUGGGGUUGCCCUCUUCGUUCUCAAGCUUAGUACUAUCUUCGGCAAAUUCUUCACAGGACAAUCAGCUGGCACCUGGAUGUUGCCGCAACAUUUGCACCAAUUGCCGCAACCAAUUCAUUUUCAUCUGCACAACAGUGGGCCUUUCGAAACCCACACUGAGACAGGUUGGGAAACUGUAGGUAAUGGAGGCUUCUACGAAAACUACUAUUACAAAGGAUAAGAUAGAAUUUUAUAAUUCUUAUUGCACAUUAGACUUAGUUUCGCGAUCAAUUCCUUUGUUCAUUAUUUUUCAAAUAAGU